UUGUCUUUGUAUAAAAACCCUGAAACAAACAUCAUCGUAUUACUAGCAGAUGCAGCCGGUGCCGCUUGACACCUGUUGGAGUCGCCGGAAAACGAAAUCGUCGGAAGCUAGAAGCAGUGAGAAAGUCGAAUCGAGUCCAGGUAAUCGAAGAUAACUUUUUUCUGGUGGUGGAGAGUGAUCAACGAGGAUCUUAGCAAUGAGGAGGAUGGCGGUAAACUGGGCUAACUUAGAAGAUUUUCCUCUUAGUUUGGUUCUUGACAAGUUGGAAGAACACAUAGAUCAUGUUAGGUUUGGUGCAGUCUGCAAGAAUUGGCUAUCAAUUGCAAAACUCAGCCAUCAAAACCAUCAAUUUAGGGUUAAUAUACCACCCAUGGUCAUGAUUGUCGGAAAUGAAUCCUUUAACUCCAAGAGGAUAUCCUUGCAUAGCAUUCUAAGUCAAAAACACUACUCCAUUCAAUUUCCAUCCAUCAAAUUUCAAGUCACUUGUGCUGCUUCAUUUGGUUGGCUUUCGUUUGUCCACGAUAACGGUGACAUAACUCUACUCAAUCCUUUUAAGUAUACUAGUAUACCUCCCAUUAGUCUGCCACCUCUCGGUUCGUCCUCUUCCAAAUCUCUCUGCAUGGUUACCUUGUCUGCUGACCCCAUUACAAGCCCAAAUGAUUAUGACAUUGCAGCAAUUUAUGACCUUGAUCAUCUUGCUUUGAAAAGAGCGAACCAACCAUUUUGGAUUCCUAUACUUAACAACCCAACUCCAAGACGAUUUUCUUUCACAGAUGUUGUAUUUCAUAAAGGCCUGAUAGUUGCUGCAGACCUCGGACACAGAAUUGUAUCCUUCAAGCUCAACAAUCUUCCUCCCGAUGACUUAAAUGACCCUAAUUUUACUUACUAUGAGAAGUUAGCUACUACCGAAUAUUAUAAUCAUAUUCCAUCCCAAGAUUAUUGUGGAUUUGUUUAUUUGGUGAAAUCAUUGCACGGAGACUUAUGGUUGGUGAGAAGAAAUUUUGAAAUCAUCCUGAAUAAGCUUUCAUAUACAAUUGAUGUUUACGAAUUGGAACUGGACGUCCAGAAUGGAAAACUUGUACAAAUUAACAAACUUGACAGUUUGGGAGACAACAUUUUAUUUAUCGGAUUCUGUGGUGAUUCGUUUUCUGUGCCCACUUCUUGUCUCCCCAACUGCAAAAAGGAUUCAAUUUUUUUUCUUUGUGGCAAUUUUAUGGAAGAUUUUGGGAUGGGGAUUUAUAAUGUCGAGGAUGGAAGUUGUCAGAGACUAUCUUUACCACUUUCCUCCGAGCUGAUGCAAUAUUCUUGGAUUGUACCACAAUUUCAGUGGGAUUGAUUGAUUGACUGAUCAGUUCAUCUUUGAGUUAGGCCAUUCUUAUCUGAUUGUUAACGUAAUGCUGCUUACCAAGCAUCUGCGAUGAAGUUGGAAUCUCAUCCAAGUUUCACAUGAUGGUUUAAUAUUUAUAUUUAUAUUUAUAUUUAUAUUUAUAUUUAUAGCAAUAACAAUGGUCUUUGAAAGACUACCUUCUGGUAUUUAUCUUUUGAGAAUUGUGCUCACAUUGCUGUGCUGUCUUUCUUGUUGCCUUGUCUUCCAUGUAUUUGGGAAGAGUUUCCAUUUGUACUUUUAAUACUUUGUUGUGUAUGAUUUGUUCUGAUUUGAUUUGGCACUUAUCAUUAUCAUUAUGGAAAAAUAUUUGCUUGGUCACAAAUAUUUGAACACUCAAUUAACAAUACAUACAAUUUAAUUAUUCCUCGUCA